GCCGCCCUCUCUCACACGCACAAAGCAGGGCGAUCUCCCCCCUCCCUCCCAACUUUUUUUCACCUCACCCCCCUUGGUUUUCCUCAUCAAUCAUAUUUGAUUUUAUUUUUUUUUCCAUCGGCCGCUCGCCUGGCUGCAUUCCUUUCCGCGCUGACAGCCCGGCAUCAGAUUAGCAGCUUUCUCUUCGCCGUACAGCAACAAUCGGCCAAGCAGAUCGUUUUCUGAAAGCCCGUUUCUCACCUUUCGCCUGAUUUUGGGCCAAGACCAAGACGCACCGCACUCCACAGCCAUCACACACUGACGCAUCGUUCAAUUCCUACAUACAACUGCACCUGCAACUGCACUGCGCACGCAUUCUUACGUCGCAACAUAGGCGCGCGACCCGACUUUUCUCGACCCAUCACAUUUCUCAGCAACAACAAUCAAUCAAUUUACCAAGCCUUCCUCUCCACUUUCGUCCCUGCUAAUCGCUGACCGAAACGCCUGUCUUCCCCGAAUUAUUUCUGGGGUCCUGUUGGUCAAACCUGACUUAGCUUGACUCGAUUGAGCCGACUCAACCAGCUCUAGAGUGACUGGUCGCACAUCGAGGCUUUUCGCAAGAUAAUUUGAGGUCGCGCGAUCGUCAUCGAUUUGCUCAAGUCUUGUCCUCCCCCCAACCACAAAAGCUCUCUUGAGGCUACUUUAUUGCAUGUACCGAAACCACCCUCUCGAGGCAUGAGCGAAGAUCACACUACACCACAGCAGUGUCGACAAACAUCCGACACGAUUUCAGUCUCGUCUUCGAAAUCGCCCUCGAGGGCAUCGUCCACAGCAUCGCCUGCGCCAGAGCCACUUCUGCCAUCAUCGACACCGCUGGCGGCGCAUUCCGCGUUCGCCCCAAAUCACGUCCGCCCACUCCGCUCAAGCCCCACGGGUGCAUCGGCUGGCGCGACGAAGAAUGCAAUGGCAGCCUCACCUUUUCUCGCUCAGCCGCCUUCCUUUCGACCGUCGAUGACUUCGCAGUCUAGCUUUGCGACCAUGUCCGCUGGUACUACAGUCAACGCCUUUGAGCGCGAUCAACCAUCCUUCGCCGUAGGCACACCUUUUAACAACGCAGCGCCCUCGACAACUUCGGUCCUCAUUAGACGCUUACCCCUCAACACGUCGAAAGAGUCCAUACGCUUGAUGCUGGUUUUCUGCGAGGAACUAGUGGACGUGGAUGUGCUGCCGGCAGAACACUCUGAAGACCCUGGUUUUCGCAGUGCUUUGGUCAAGGUCAAGACUCCUGCUGGAGCGCAAAACAUCAAGAGCAUGCUCGAUGGAAAGUCUAACAUAUCCAAUGACGCCGAGCUAAUGGUUGAGAUUCUCGGCGGGAACUCCCAGAACGGCAGGAGAUACACGAACGGCGACGCGCCUACAUCCGCAUCAUCCUCGGCCACUUCAUCAGCUACUUCAUCCCGCCAGCCGUCGCGAUUUAACGGCGCAGGAUCCUUCGGAUCGGUCGAAGCCAUGUCGCCCCCAAUCAGUGGUGCUUAUGGGAAUGAAAUGUCUGGCUCGGAUACCAGCAAUCACUUCCAGAACAUAUUUUCCCCUCAGUCGCCCAUUGGCAACCACCUAACCGACCAACGCACGCGCAUGUCGGGCAAGUCCCUCAUCAAUGACGCCGCAGAUGACGAUGAGACCGGAGAACUUCUCAAAGACCCCCUUGCGUAUGCUGAAAAUGGUGCCAUGGCGACACAAGCACGACGGGCAACAGCCCCGCAGCUUCCAAUCUCGCGCAUGGCCGGCCUGUCACUUAACACCAAUGGCCACCCGAUGGCACCAUACGGCCCUUCGCCCGUUGGCCAGUUGUCGGCACAUACAAAUACCAUGUCACCCACCAUGUUGAAUGGGGCGGGUACUCCCACAAUGGGAUAUCUCGGGGGCCAUAGAUUCCCGGGCCACAGUUUCCCCCCUGUCAACCCUGCAGAUCAGAAUCCACCCUGCAACACCCUCUAUGUUGGGAAUCUGCCGAUUGACACUUCGGAGGAGGAGCUCAAGGCCACAUUCUCCAAGCAGCGUGGUUACAAGCGCCUGUGUUUCCGCACUAAGCAAAAUGGGCCCAUGUGCUUUGUUGAAUUUGAAGACGUAUCCUUCGCGACGAAGGCUCUACAUGAACUGUACGGUCACAUGUUGCACAACAGUGUCAAGGGCGGCAUCAGGCUCAGCUUCUCUAAAAACCCUCUGGGAGUCCGGUCGGGUCAAAACCCUGUCGGCGCCGGCGUUACCAGCCCUCUAUCCUCAAUGAACAGUAUGAUGAAUGGCAAUGGGGUCGGCAAUUUCGCCACAGCAAACGGACCGCCGCCUGGAUUGUCUGCACCACCUGGUCUGGGUGGUAUGGGCACCAGCCGUUCCUUGUCCACAUUUUCGCCCGUUACAUCUUCGGGUUCGAGUGGUUCCAUGAUGACUGGCUCUUUGAACAACACACCUUCGUCAGCUGCUCAGUUCUCGCCGCCAAGCAACAUCUGGAACACCCCUAAUUAUGGCAACACCAUGAUGGCGGGUGGUCCAACGCCAGUCACUGGCGGCUCUAGCAGCUUUCCUUCUUUCAUGAUGGGAAAAUAGAUUGGGCUUCCUGGAAUAGAGUUUUCUCACAUACAGCAUCGGUUUUUGUCCAUUUUUCACUACACUGUUUGAUACACAUCGGUUCUACUAUUAUUUGUGCUGCUAUGCGGAUGCAUUCAGGGAAAAAGAAGUUUAAAAGCAUCAUACGCCAAGGGCAAUUUUUUUCACAUCUUUCAGUGUUUUCUCUGUUAUUUUGUUCUUUUUUUUCCUCACUCGGCAUUGCAUGGGUUCUGUCCACAUAUCUUUGUUAUCCUUUUGUUUUUCUCAUUUUUCUUUUUGGCACAGCGAGUUUGGGGUCAUCUGUCUUCUGUCGGGUUUCUGCAUCAUUGGUCAUCAUUUACACGGCAGCGGUGGAAAACCUUAACACUACUCCUUAAGCAUGAUUCCCCCAUCGCGAUUUGACGUUCCGGAUGGAGUUUUCGGGACAGGGAGGCAAGGCCUAAAGCACGGGAUUGGUUGUUUUGUUUGUUUGGCUGUUGGGUUCGACGUUCACUACACAGCACAAUUGCAGAGAAGCGGAGAAGCAAGCUUCGAAUGCACUGUUACCAUCUGUCACUAGCUCGGAGUCUAACGGCGUUGCGUUGAUUUCUGUAUCCAGCACUGCAAAGUUUCCAUAGCAAGCACGGCGCGAGGUUUCUGAUGUUUCUUGCCCCUCAUCAGGGUCCUCUACUACACAUUCCCUACUAGCACUAUAAACACUUUAUUCAGCACGUACUCGAGCGUCCCGUACAUGUCUUUUCUUUUGCUCGUCUGCACACUAGCAAGACCCUGAUGGAUCUUGUCUUUGAUUUUAAUCACCGGAAUAGAGUUCAAGGGGGAGGUGGGGUCAAGAUAUCAGUACGGAUCCCAGGGGCUUGACGGGCGAGCGAUUCAUCGUUUACGUCGGUACACAUCCGUCCCGUCGCCCAACAUGCUAGUCGGCCGAGUUACAAGCUACGCAAGGAAAAAUUGAAAAAUUGUCCGAUCGACCUGCGAGGGAUCGAUUUGGACUUGUGUCACGAAAUAUAUUUGGAUGUUUUGUCUUUUUUUCCUUUUUUAUAUCUGUGCCUGCCGCAGCGGGAUAUGAUUCCACGGAGUGGUUUGCCUGCUAUUUUAUUUUUGGAAUUUUGGGCAAGGCGAGAUUGACGACAGCAGGGUCAGGUCCUCGCCGACGCAGGUAGUCACUUGGAGAACACGGUACUCCGUGGUAGUACCUAUAGGGUAGGAAAGGUCUUGGACUUGCUUCUUUUUCUCCUCUCUACCCUUUUCGACUUAUACGAACAAGAGGUUUAUGGUGGUUUUUUCUCUCAUCUCGCCAACUCGGUCUAACCUGUGGGAAACUCGGCCCAACUCCAAAACAUGUCUUAGCCACAAUUGUUGAG